CAAACCAUAAAAUAAAAAAUAAACAUUACCUCCAAAAAUAGCAAGACCCAACACUGCAACUUUGCAACAAAUUGAAUUGUACUUUCUCAAGAAAUCUAAGAACUCACUGUGUUUUAUUUUAUUCUAAGGUCAAGCUAUGAAGUUAAGAAUUGGAAGUGAAAUCACUCUUCUAGUAUUGUUACUAUGCUUAACAACUCUCUUUCUUGAAACACAAGCUCUAUGGAUGAAAAUUCCCAGUUCAGGAACAAAGUGUGUGUCUGAGGAUAUUCAAUCACACGUCGUCGUUUUAGCUGAUUACUAUUCUGUAGUUGAACAAGGUCAUCAGGUUCAUAGAAUUUCCACCAAGGUAACUUCUCCUUGUGGAAACAACCUUCACCAUAAGGAAAAUGUUACACAUGGGCAGUUUGCAUUUACAACUACUGAAAGUGGAAAUUAUGUUGUGUGCUUUUGGUUGAGUGGAAAUCAACAAGAAGGUGCAACUCCAAGUGUCAACCUUGAUUGGAGAACUGGAAUUGCUGCCAAGGAUUGGGAUUCUGUUGCAAAGAAAGAAAAGAUUGAGGGUGUUGAACUUGAACUCUUGAAGCUUAAAGGAAUAGUCGAUGCCAUCCACCAUUAUCUAACUUACUUGAAGGAUAAGGAAGCAAAGCUGAGGGAAGUGAGUGAAAAAACAAAUGCUAAAGUCGCAUGGUUUAGCAUCAUGUCUCUUGGUCUCUGCAUUUCUGUUUCUGCAUUGCAACUUUGGUAUCUAAAUAGCUACUUUAGAAAGAAGAAACUCAUAUAGGUAUUGCUAUUUAUAUGAGACUCCACGACAAGGUAAUUUUUUCUUUAAGAUUCUGGUUGAAGCAACUGAUUCAACAAUCAAGGAACCAAAAAAGGAGCACUCGUAUUGCAAUAGGUUUCUCUCUGUUGUUUUGUUUUCAGUGUUUGUAGAAUCUCAUUAGGGCCGGCCCAAGGGCCUAGCCACUAAGGCUAGGGCUUUAGGCUUCAAAAGUUUGUGCUUAAAAAAUGCUUCAAAAUUUUUUUAUUUAGUUAUCAAAAUAUAUAAUGAUACAUUAGUCAUAUAUAUAAUUGUAGUUGAGUCUCUUAGCAACCACAAAAUUAUUAUUCAAAAAUAUAAUUUAAAGGCCUCAUUUUAAAAUUUGUUUUAGGCCUCUAAACGAGUAGGGUCGGCCCUGAAUCUCAUCCAUUUGUAUUACAUUAAACAUAAGAUGCCUAGUUGAUUCAAUGGUUGAACGUAAGUUAUUAAUAUUGAUAAUUGUUUAAUUAAACGGAUAAGUUAAAAACAUUUGGCACAUGAUAAGCCAAUAGUAACUAUCGUGACAUGAUAUGUAUUUGUUCUGAGUUUCAAAGAAAAGCAUAGUUCAUAAGUGGAAACCAAAAUAUCUCCUUAACCAAGAGAAAUUUUCCUUCAUUGACACCCCCCUUAUUUCAAUCAUACCCAUGUUGCACUUGGAGAAAUUUAAGCCAAAAGUCUGGACAAAAUAUCUGAUAGUUUAAUCUAAAAUUCGGUAGUGUAUAUGAAAUAGCCGGUGCACCAGAUAUUUGAAAAUUUGUCCGAAAUAUUUGCGUAGUUCAAAUUUUUUGUAAAAUUCAAAAAAUAUCGGAUAUUUAGUACAUGUGUGAAAAAUAUGGUAGCUACAAAAGAGUGAAAAUUGAACAGUUAAGGUUUUACCGACAUUUUUAUACGACUGUGAUUGCACUGGCUGUAUUGUGUGCAAUAGUUGAUUACUUGAGGAAUUCAACAGUGUCCAUAGAGCAAAAAAUCAGGUAUCGUUCUUUAAGUUAUACUCUUAUGGGUAAUGAAUUGUUCAAGAAGACACCUGAAGGAGUCUUUCUCAAAUGUCUCAGCGAAAAUGAGGCAUAUUUAUCCCUGUCGAAUAUCCAUAAUGGGGCAUGUGGAGCUUAUCAAGUUGGCCACAAAAUGAAGUGGUUGCUAUUUCAACAAGGGAUGUAUUGGUCCACUAUAUUGAAAGAUUACAUUGAGUUUUCUAAAGGGUGUCAAGAGUGCCAGAUACAUGCAGGUAUUCAACAUGUCUCUGCAAACGAAUUGCAUUCUACUGUAAAACCUUGGCCCUUUAGAGGUUGGGCUUUGGACCUGGUUGGUGAGAUUCGACCAACAUCAUCGAAGGGACAAAAAUACAUCGUAGUAGGCAUUGACUACUUUACUAAAUGGAUCGAGACUAUACCUCUGUUUAAUGUUGACCAAGAGGCAGUCAUUGAGUUUAUCUAGAAACAUAUUAUUUAUAGGUUUGAGAUACCUAAGACCAUUAUGACUGACCAAGGGUCGGUGUUUACUGAUCGAAAGAUGCAAGAGUUUGCUAGUGAGAUAGGGAUUAAACUACUAACGUCUACACCUUAAUAUAUGCCCAAAUGAAUGGUCAAACUGAAGCAGCAAACAAGGUAGUUAUUGGCUUAAUAAAAAAGCAUGUAGGGAAGAAACCAAAAAAUUGGUAUAAGACAUUAGACCAAAUAUUAUGGGUCUGUCGCACGUCGCCUAAGGAGGCUACAAACACCACGCCUUUUUGAUUGAGUUAUGGACACGAUGUUGUGUUACCCGUCGAAAUUUAUCUCAAAUCAACAAGAGUUCAAAAACAAGGUGAAAUCCCGUCUGGGACUUAUUGGUAUAUGAUGCUGGGUGAGUUGGUUGAUUUGGACAAAGAGAGGUCAAAAGCUUUAUAUUUUCUAAAGAAGGCAAAAAGAGCGAGUGCCUAGGGCUUAUAAUAAGAAAGUUAGGGCUAAAACCUUAUUAACGGGUGAAUACGUUUGGAAGGUUAUCUUGCCUAUGGAUCGUAAAGAUAGAAUCUUAGGAAAAUGGUCCCCAAACUGGGAAGGUCCAUUUGAGAUUGUCCAAGUUUUUUCAAAUAAUGCUUACGAAAUUAAAGUAGCCUUAGAUCGAAGAAUCCUGAGAGUAAAUGGGAAAUAUUUGAAGAAAUAUAAACCUAUACUUCAGGAUAUUAAAAUAGGAAAAUUUCUUUACCCACCUCCCUAUGGGGGUCACCCCCAGCGAAAAACCCAUUUUACCCCGCUUUGGAAAUGCAUUUCCGAAAUUUUUUUUUUUUUCAAAAUUUUUCCAGACUUCGGAAGUGCAUUUCCGAAAAAAUCCCAAAAAUUGGGAUUUUGACUAAUUCGGAGAUGCAUCUCCGAAACAACAAAAAAAAUCUUAAAAAA